AAAUAAAAAGAAAAAAAGAAAAAAGAAAACUGACGCGCGCCAAACCGACAAAUUCAAGUUAUCAUCGAAAACACACACACACACACACCAGCACGAUUACUUUUAGGCUAUAAACAACAUUUUGGACACUCGCUCAAAAAUAAGAAGAAAACCCAACUUUCGGCCUCAAAAUUAAAGAUAAGCGCCCAAUAACCGAGCAACGACGCUCAAGUGAAAAACAAAGGAAAAAAAGAAGAAAGAAAAAAAAAAAGUAAAAAACAGAAAAAAGUAAGCAACGAUGCAGGAACUCGAGGAUGAACCCAAGGACGUACAAAACGCCCGUCCCGUCGAGGAGGAAGUCAAGAAGGCCGAAACCAGCGAGUGCUUGAACGACGCGACACCAGCCCCGAAACCGAAAAAACCAAAUGGCCCACCUCCGCACCGCUGCCAAAAAGCCGUAAACCGAUAUUUCCAUCCUCGCGAACCAAGUAAGUGCCCGAUGCUCGAUUAUUCACCGAAACGUGGGCGCAGAAAUCGGUACCGGCAACGGUCGACCGCUGCGAGGAAAAGAUCCAAACGCCCACCCGACACCACGACCGUCUACAUCCACGGGCCGGAAUGCAAGCCCCACAAGAUGGACCGCACGCCCCGGCACUGCAUGAACAAGAAGGAGUACCUCGACUUCCUCGCCACACCAAGCAAAAAGUGCGAGCCGACGUGCGAAAAGUUGCCGGUCGUGCGCAAGGUCCGACCCAUCCCCGCGCGCAUCGAGGAACUGGCCAGGCCCACGAAGCGCCGGCUCAUCCUGACCCUCGAGGAGCGCGCCGAGCUCAUGCCCGCCCGGAUGCUCGACCACCUGAUCGAGCUCGUCGAGGCGGAAACGGCCCUCACCCCAGAGCAAGCCGAGGACUACGUCCGCGACCGGAAGCUCCAGGCGAAGCCGGGGAAGAAGCCGAAGAAAAAGAGGAAGAAGGGGGAGGGUUGCAGCGGCGAGUCGGUGCUGGUGAGGCAGGGCUCGGGGGACGAGCCGUGCCUGGACGCGGAGUCGGCCAAGUGCCAGUACGCGAUGGCGGUGCGCUUCGUGCGCAGUAUCCUCGUGUGGCGGUGUUGCCGGCCGGCCUCCGAGUACCGGGACAUAGCCGAGGUGGUGCUCCGCCGGUUGAGCCAACUCCUGGAGUACGAGCCCCGGGGCGUCGAGGACCGCAAGUCCCGGCAGAUGCGGCUCCUCGCGGAUCUGUUCGCCUGCUGGAUAGCCGGGCUGUUGAUCGAGUUGGCCGAGAUGCGCAAGGGGGAGCUCGAGGCCGAGUGCCUUCGUCGGAAGCUCGAGGCGGAGGAGCGAGCCGCCCUCCUCGAACAGGAGGCCGCACUCACCGACGGCUCGUCGAGCCUCGAUGACUACGACGACGACGAUGACUACGACGCCAAUGCCGACGAGGAGGACCUCGAUGACGAGGGAACGGAACUGGGAGACACCGGGGGCGCAGAUGGGCACCUGUUGUCCGGCUUAGCCAGCGAUGCCGAUAUCAAGGGGGAUGGGAAGGAGGAGGAGGAGGAGGACAGCAGCGCGAAGGUCGACGCGGCGAGCCAGUACAUCCCGGGGGAGCUUGACCUGGAUGGAGAAGAUGAGGAGGAGGAGGAGACGGGAGACGAGGAUGGGUCGCCGGUCUGCUGCUGCGCGGACGCCUCGUUGCAGACGGAUACGGCCUCGAGGGCGAACGCCUGUACGGCCGCGGAGUCGGUCGAGCUGAACGAGCUCGAGAAGAUGGCCUCGCGCGUGGGCGCCUCCCUCCACACGAAUCUGCCCUUCCUGACCUUCGCCAGGAUCCUGGACACGCUGUACUCCAUGAUCGAGUGCGAGUCCGAGAACCGGCUGUGCGAUCCCAUGAUCAACAGGCUCCACCGGGCCAUCUACGAGAAAUGCGAGCCGGUGCUCAGGAUGGACGGGGAGGAGCACCUCGGCGAGCGCAUCAAGGACGUCCUUGACGUGGUGGCGGGCAAAAUCGCUCGUUGGCUGCACCACGCCCUGGACGAGAAGCAGAUACGGCUGCUGGACGAGGCCACGGAUAAGGUGGAGUCACGCGAGGUGAGGGAAUGGUCCCGGUGGAUGGUGGGAGUGGCCGACAUGGCCGAGAAGUGGACGGGCUGGAUCGACGAGGUGGCCGGGGAGGCGAAGAACAUGGGACGCGAGCCUCAGACGGUGACUCGGCAGGCUUGGCAGGACUGGACCGCGAGGGUCGAGGGCGACGCCAAACUGUGGAGGCGCGCCUACAUGGAGGCGCAGCACCAUCAGCACCACAACACCAUGAUGAUCUGCGACCGAAAGGUCGUCAAGCGCAAGCCCCCCGAGUUGACCAGUGAGAUGGCCAUCAAGAACACCAACCUGGACACGGCGUCCAAAAUCUGCUAAGGUUUCCCACUGCGGAUUAUUGACGAAUAAAAAUAGCAAAAUAUCCACAUCACACGUUGUACUUUGGCUUUACUGUGUUAUUCAUCGACCCACUUUAUUUAUAUAAUAUUGUUUAUAACAAAAGCGACGCGAAACUCGACACAAAUUACAAUCGUGAGCACUACUUUUUUGGUAUAUACGUUAUGAUAUGGGCUUACUUAUAAUAAAUCAUACAAAGAGACAAAAAUACUCGCCAUGUAAAAAUACAUCAAAUUUCAGCUUUAAUUGACUCCAUUUAACGUACAACCGGUUAUAUAUACAACGACAUAAAUUCAUCCGACACGCAAUGGGGAAAGAGAUCAAGAGAGAGUGAUCGUUUUAAAACGUCCACAAUGCCUACUGACACAACCGUCAAACGAACGAUAAAUGUACAAUGCUUAUUUUGCGAUUAUACACUUGGCACGUUUGCUACUACAGUGUUUGAUCUGACUUUUUAUAAAAAAUACUUUGCGCGAAAAAUCACACGUUUCCGUACACACUUUCAACAAAAGUCAUACACUUGUCUUAUAAUUACAAAAUAUGACGGUGAAAGAGUUGUUAUACGUGAGAAUCACGUCUAAAGUAUAGUAACCCUGAAAAUUCGUUGGCGCAUGUAUCAUAUGAAUCACAACACGGCGAAUUGAUGAGCUUUAAAUAUAUUAACACUUGGGAGAAAGCGAGUAAAGACUGACGAGGGGGGUAAUACACGCACUUACGUGGCUACAUAUUAUAUGUACAUACAUGUAAUCUGUUGGUAGACCGGGGCAUAAUAUUUGAACGAGUUUUUGUUUAUUUUUUUUUCUUUUUCUUUCAUCAAACUAAAAACGAAAUAAUAAAGUUAAUGCAACACAUUUUCAUACCCGGGUCUCCAGUUUAAACGCACUCACGUAUCGUAUACAUUUAAUAUUAUGAUACAAGGCGCACAAAAAAUGUACAAGUUUUUUUUUUUUUUCGAACGUUUUCGCCACUAUAGGCCACUGUCGCAUAUGUACAAAUUUAAACACGAGUGAUGGAUAGGGCAUUGUCCCUUUUAGGCCGAUUGGCACUCCCUGGCGAUGGAAAAAUCGGUAAUCAAGUCGACCAGGUUGUUUUGGUGCACGUGUCCUCGAGCAGGCUCGCUGCACGGCGACUUUGGCGCGCUCAGUUUUACA